ACGAGGCUUUCAGAAAAUGUUGGAUUUUUGCAAUGGCGGCAAUUUCAAUCGUGGAGAAGGGGAGUGCAAUCAGUGCUCCGAUCACUGCGCUACAUUUUAUUAACAAAGAAUAUUUAAUUAUAGGAGAAGGAUCAUUUGUAAAGAUCUACAAUGUUGAUAAAAAUUGCUGUGUACUUAAUACGAAAUUAUUGCAGACUGGCAGAAUACACAAAUUUAAAGUGAUAUCCAGAGAUCCAUCAAGUAAAAGUUUUAUGAUUUUGGGCCUUGGAGGAAAGUCGGUUAGGUUUUUCUCAGUUGCUGUAUGUGGAAAAGAUAUCAGGUUUAGGCUAAUAUCAAAAGAAAAAUACUUUGAAACUUGGAUCUGGGAUGCUACAAAGGUAACACCUGGGGUGAAUGGCAGUGAUGCAGUGGUUGCCUUAAUCACAUCACAAAAUAAGACCAUUAUUUGGAACUAUGCAGCUGAUGAAGUCUCAAAAAUCCACAGUUGCCAAGAGCAUUGUAUAUUAUAUUCUGCUUGCUUUUGGGGCACCACCUUAGACAAGUUACUGGUUGCUGUUGGAACAGUAUUUAAUGAAGUUCUUAUAUGGAAGUCUGUUUCGUCUACCAGCUAUGAGGAAGCUUGCUCAGAGCAUGUGCAUCCUGUUGACAAAAGGCUAAAAGGACAUGAGGGCGUCAUAUUUUCUAUCCGUUUCACAAGUUCAGGGGAGCACCUUCUCUCCGUCUCAGAUGACCGAAGCAUCAGAAAAUGGGACAUCAAAAGUGAAGAGUGUUUGCAGGUUCUUUAUGGACAUACUGCUAGGGUUUGGGAUGCGACUUACCUCAACGAAUUAAUUGUAAGCAUAGGGGAAGAUGCAACGUGUUUCAUAUGGGAUGAUCAGUCGACAGUCCUCAAGAAGUUUAAAGGACACAAAGGAAAAAACAUUUGGAGUUUAGCUGUAGAUGAAGGAUCCAAUUUGAUAGCAACAGGUGGUGGGGAUUCUAGCAUUCGUUUAUGGACCAUAAAUUCUACUGCAAAUGCUCCCCUGGGCAGCCUAAGUUUACCGUCCUCUGAUGACAGCGAUGAUUUCCCACGGGACCUGUUUGUCCUUAGCAGCAGCGAACUGUUGGUUCUAACAAAUGCAGGAUAUCUGUUGAAGUACAUUUUUUCGUCGGCAAAGGAAGAAAGCAAUUCUUGGGAAACUUUGUUUUAUGACAAAGAAUUUGCAAGACAUUCAAGUAUGGCGGUGGAGAAAGAUAAGAGACUAGCUGUCUUUGGAAGUUUAAAUGGCAGAGUGAAAAUUAUUUCACUUGAUGACAACACAGUGAUCGAUAAGCAAGUUUUCGCAGGCAAGGUGUUUUCCGUCUCCAUUUUAACAAGAGAUUCUGCACGCGAUGUUCCAGAAACUUAUGUUGCAGCUUCAGGACCCAAUGGGAUCCUAAUUUUAUGGCAACUCAUUUCACGUGAUAGCUGUUUACAAGUGUUACAUAAAGGGCUGUUUGAGCUUCCUUACUGCAGACAAAGAUGGCUGGCAGCAGCGACACUCGUAAGUCAAAAGGACCAUGAGCCACAACUGCAGAUAUGCUUGAUUGUUGGCGACAGGCGAGGAUCUAUUCACGUCUUUGAUGUAGAAGAUGGAGCCAAUGAGGCAGCACAGGCGAUUGGACCAAAACAAACGCUUUUGUCGAUGCAUGGUAAAAAUGGAGUGACAGGAAUUUAUGCUGGUAAAGAUUGGGUGUUUUCCACUGGCAGAGACGGAUUUUAUAGGAAGUAUAGUGUGAACGGAAAUGGGACUCUGGAUAUUUUGGAAAGAAAGAAGGUCUGUAAAGGCAUGGAUUGGAUUGAAGGUUUGCUCUUCAAUCAAGGAGAUAUUCUUGUCUAUGGGUUCUACAUGCAAUCACACUUUGCUGUUUGGAGCACGAACCUAAACGAGAUAAUACUGAAGAUCAAUUGUGGUGGAGGGUACCGUUCUUGGGAUUUGCUUCUACAUGGACACGACAAUACGUAUUUCACAUACUUGAAAGGACCAACAAUUUUAUUAUACAAGAAAUCCUUCACCAACAGUCAAAGGAUUCUCAAGGAACCUCUGCAUGGAAGAGAAAUCACUUGUCUAUGUUUGAUUGAUAGCAUCGAAGAUGGUGAUACGACAAAAAUACUCUUUGCAACUGGUAGUGAAGACACUUUGGUAAAUCUGGUCAUUCAUGACACAGGAAAGAACGAAUUUGAGGUGGUUCAUAGUUUUGACGGCCAUAUUGGCAGCGUAAAGUCAGUGGUUGCAGUGAAAGAAGAUUCAGCUGAUGAAAUGAGCGGAGGCAAUGAAUUUGGGGGACAAGGAAAGGUUGUUAAUAGGGAAGCUAUAAGCAGUUUAAAUAGGUCAUACAUCAUGUUUACGUGUGGUAGCAGAAGCUCGUUGAAAUGCAACCGUGUCUUUUACCACGCUGAUGGUCAUGUGAGCACGUCCUUGCUGGCAGAAAUCGGAACGCCAAUGAACUCUUUGAAAACCAAGCCAAGUGACCUGUAUGAUGAUCUCCGCUUUCUUUCCAUGAAUGUUAUCCCGGUGAAUAAUACAGAAUUUUCUUAUUGCCUUGCUGUGGCCUGUUCUGAUGGAUAUAUCAGGGUCUAUGGCUUCGAGGCUGCAAACAAAUCAUUUACACUGCUCAUGGCUUCAGAAUUUCACGGACGUUGCGUUCAAACUCUUCAUAGCUUUGUCCACGCCGUUGAUUCAAAGCAUCACCAUUUUCUGGUAUCUGGAGCAACUGAUGGUCGCAUUGCAUUAUGGGAUAUAACUUCAUGCAUAGAUAUACUAUCUUCUUUGGAAACGAAAGAUGAAAAAGAAUUAGGUCAUGGUACAAAAAGCUUUUCGAGUAACGACCGUCGUAAUACGAAACAAACGGUUGAAAGAUGUGGAAACUUUUUUCACAUUGAAAAGUUGAAUUCUUCUGUACCACGUAGCAGUUGUUCUCAACAGCCACUGCAUGUUUUCCAGGCACAUCAGUCUGGGGUGCAUUGUGUGGAUGUCAAGGCGUGCCCAUCAGAUUCGCAGAUAACCCUAGCAAGUGGGGGUGACGAUAACUCAAUAUUCACAUCGAAUUUCACGCUUACUAAACACGCAGAUCGCAUCGCCUGCACGGUAAAAUGGACCGACAAGAACAUAUUUGCGCACCAUUCAACGAUCACAGGUAUACAGUUGGUAAGGCCUGAUGUUCUUGUGUCAUGUUCCAUCGACCAACGAUUGAAAGUCUGGCAAACUAAUGACAGUGGGUUCCAGAUUUUAAACGAAGAUGAAAAAGAGAAAAGCUGCUGGAAGAACAUUUUCACGGAUUUUGUGGAUAUUCCAGAUGCGAGUGAUCUAAUCUGUUUACAAAAACAGGACGAAAUAAAGGCUUUAGUGUGUGGAAUUGGACUUCAAAUCAAAACACUGAAAAUGGAGAAGACCUGAUACCAUUAUCUGAUCUGAUAACAUUACAUUGAUUGGCUUAAAAAGGCCUUAUGAGCGAGAUAAACAU